AGUAUUAACAUAGUCACAACUACAUGGAAUCCAGCCCCUUCGUUUCUCCGAAGUUGUUGCUCUUACUGAGUCCUACUACAGUACUCCACCACUAAUCUUUCCCAAUCUCUUGCUGUAUGUAUAUUCACUCAUAUAUGUACGUAUACAUAUCAAUAUUUGUAUACACCUACUUACAUUUAUGCUGCUAAAUCAACUUCAAAAUUGCUCAAAUCACUGCAUCUCAGAUGGAAGGGUUCAGCACAUUGUGUGUAUGAAAAGGAUUAGCGUUUAUGGUGGAUGAGAAGGUCUCAUAUUUAAUAAGGUUAGUCGAAGUGUCGAACUGAGUGUCCACACUUUUCAUAGUUAUUACAAAGGGAACAAAAAUAAGGAAUCAAGAAAGACAUUGGUUAAGAACUUGAGACAGUUAAAGGCCAGCUUAAGAAGAGAAUCAGUACACGGAAUUGCCAUGUUACUUGUCUUCCUCAUCACAUUCUCCUUGAAAGCAUGGGCACGAGACAUCAUCACCAUAUCUCUAGACUAGCUCUACCUAAAUUUAUUUAUGCAGUACUUUUAGUACUUCUCCCAGCUAGUUUUAUUGGGAUAUUUAUCAACGGUCAGAAGAUCUCCUAUCUAUUUCGCCCACUUUGGGAUAAGCCCCCUCCCUCAUUUGAGCACCUGCCUCAUUAUUAUGCAGAAAAUGUAUCAAUGGACAGCCUUUGUCGCCUUCAUGGGUGGACCCUUCGUUCUGAACCACGUCGUGUUUUUGAUGCCAUUAUAUUCAGCAAUGAACUUGAUAUUCUUGAACUACGGUGGCGUGAACUUCAUCCCUAUAUCACAAAAUUUGUUAUCCUAGAAGCCAACACCACCUUCACUGGUAUCCCUAAGCCCCUAUUCUUUGGUGCGAACCGUGAUCGAUUUUCGUUUGCUGAUGAUAAAAUUGUCUAUGGUGUGUAUCCUGGACGGACUGCAUCUCCUGGAUCAAGUGAAAACCCAUUUGCAAGGGAGGCGGAACAACGUAGAGCUAUGAACGGUUUAAUUAGAUAUGCUGGCAUCUCCUAUGAUGAUCUACUCAUUAUGUCAGAUGCUGAUGAGAUCCCAAGCCCCCACACUGUGAAGCUGCUACAGUGGUGUGAAGGGAUACCUGACGUGUUACAUCUUGAAUUGAGAAAUUACUUGUAUUCUUUCGAGUUCCCUGUUGAUUAUAAUAGCUGGCGUGCAACUGUCCAUGUAUAUGGACCAUGGACGCUAUAUCAACAUGCAAGGCAGACUGAUAUUAUUUUCUCUGAUGCUGGCUGGCAUUGUAGCUUUUGCUUUAAAAGGUUGGAAGAGUUUGUCUUCAAAAUGACUGCUUACAGUCAUGCUGACCGGGUAAAAAGGAAAGACUUUCUUGAUUAUUCUAGAAUUCAGAAACUAAUCUGUCAAGGAGAUGAUCUUUUUGAUAUGCUGCCUGAGGAGUAUAGUUUUAAAGAAUUGAUUAAAAAGAUGGGUUCUAUUCCUCGUUCUGCUUCAGCAGUACACCUUCCAGCCUAUUUGAUAGCAAAUGCGGAGAAGUUCAAAUUUCUUCUACCUGGAGGUUGUGUACGCCCGGCAUAUUGAAUUUUUAAGGAUCUCUAUAAAUACUUAAAGAUAGAUACUCAAGUAUAUUUUUUUUUCUUUUACGCAAGUCCAUAAGCAAAGACAUUCUGGGGUUGCCAUUUAUUGUGCUCCCUUCCCACUGUAUCUGAGCCUCUCAAUGAAAAUAGAUCAGCAAUUUUGUAAAGCUUAGUUUGGUAGAUAGAUAUAAUGUAUUUGUCUCUGUUUGGGUAAAAAUGAUGAUUUUAUGCUUGCUCUGUUCCCUGUAUGCUAUCGGACUUUCUGUUGGAUGUCA